CUCUUCACGACCGGCUCGCCGCACUGGGUUCGGCCCCGCUCUCCAAGUGCCCGAAUUCGCGUCUCUUCUGAGGCCGGAUCCAGCGCGCCUCACUUGGGCCUUCCGCUCGCGGAGGACCUCGAGGACCACCAGGAGGGAGAAGCGCCCGCCCACGCCGAGCCUGUGCUUCACCGAACCGCCGCCUCCCAACACCAGCUAGAGCCGAGGGCCGAGCACCCCGCCCCGCCUGCCGGUCUCCGCUCCUCGCGCCUGCGCAAGCACCGCCCCAGCCCCGCCCCGAGGACGGCCGGGCGGUUGGGGCGCGCCCCAGCCGUCCCUUCCCGGGCGCGCGCGCCAUGACGAUCACCUACAGCUGUGUCGCUAACGGCCGCGCGGUCCUCGCCGAGCUGGCCCUGACCGGCGGCUCCUAUCAGGUACCCCGUGUCCGGACCUCCGCCCCGGCGGCUCCCGCCUCUUGGAGGGAGGCGCCUGCCGGGCCCGCCCCUCACCACGCCGCGGGGCCGCACGUGCGCCGCCCAGCGGUCGGCGUGGGUGGUGCACGCGGCCCGCAGGCGGUGGCAGCCCCGCGCGGUUGCAGUUGCCGCGGCGCGUCAACAGAAGCAGUGGCGACCGUGCUUAAACUAGUGCUUCUUAGAGCAGAGCCAAAGACCAUGAUGCAGAUGGGAAGCUUUGUCUACCAUACUCUCUUUAUUGAUGGAAUCACUUACCUAUGUGCUACAGACAAUGCCUUGGAUACCAUAACGCCAUCUGCAUUUCUUAAAAACGUUAGUGAAACUUUUCUGAGAAAUCCUUUGAUGUCACAAGAACAUUUUUCUCCUUCAAAUGCAGUUGCUGCAGAUUUUCAACAAGUAUUAGGAAAGUAUAUGAUGAAAUACAAUAAAAAUCAAGACGAUACCCCGAUAUCUACACUGAGGAGUCAAGUAACUGAUGUAAAAAAUAUUAUGUCCCAAAAUAUUGAUGAAAUUUUGGAAAGCGAAAACAGAUUGAGUAUCUUCACUGAUAGAACCGAUGAUCUCCAGACAACUGCCAAAGAAUCCCAAAAAACGAGAAAGGCUCUUAGGAGGAUGUGGCGGAAACACUUCAGAAAGGUCAUAAUCAUCACUGUGGUCAUCCUCCUCUCCAUCAUCAUCAUUCUUCUAAGUACGAAUGUGAUACCAACCUGACCCCUUUCCUCCCCAUGCCCAGCAAUUACCAAUAAAUGGUUACGUGUAAACAGAGGAGUCCACAACCAGCAAUUACGAAAGUAUCCUCUGGUGCAGGAAGUCUGCAGGAAGUGGGGCUUGGAUGUCCUUCCUCGUGCCUCGGUGGGCCUCAUCCCUGCUGCAGUCCCAUUUGUUGUUCCCACUUCCAGCUAUUUCCCAGCCUCUCAUCCCUUAGUCAAGACGAGGAGCACAAACCGUGGAAUCACAUCACUGAAGCUUAACCCUCCACUCAGCCACAUACCAGCUGGGUGACUCUGGACCAGUUAUUUAACCUGUGCCCUUGUCUCCUCAUCUGUAAAAUGGAGCUGAUAGCAAUACCGCAUAGCAUUAUAUCUACCACAUAGCACUAUCUGAGUGUUAACUAUUACUUCCUAGGGAAAAAAAUGAUUGCGUUUGUGGCAUUAAAUCUCUAUUAUCUUACUCCUUAGGAAAAAAAAUGACUGUGAACUUCUAAUUUCCUUAGAAAUAGGAGUCUUAACACGAGUACACAGUCCAGAAACAGACAUUCACCUCUUCUACAUAUUCUUUCAUUUGAAAUGACAGCUCAACCCACUGUUUUAUACUAGACAUUUCCUUGGAUAAAAAUUUUUAAAUUGGGCGCCUGGGUGGCUCAGUGGGUUAAGCCGCUGCCUUCGGCUCAGGUCAUGAUCUCAGGGUCCUGGGAUCGAG